GUGAAACACUUCAAACGUUUCUUAUUUUAUUGUAAGAUGUUUUCUGCUACCCGCGAUUCCAGAAGUUCCAGAAGCACCAACAGAUCCUUUCGAUCCUAUCAAAGCGACAGGGAUUUCCAGACAUAUCAACAUGUUUGUUCACUGAAAGAGGAACCACACUAUCUAUCGAACCGCAUUGGUAACCAAAACAGUUGGUCCUUUCGGUUUCGCAAAUGGUUUCUCAUCGAUUCGAACCAUCCGGGAACGAAAAAUUAUUACUGCUCCAGCUUUGAACUUCGGUCGGAGCUGAUGCGGCAGAUUAAAAGUGACUACUGGUUCGUAAUUCAUCCGUUCAGCCACUUCCGGUUCCUGUGGGAUGUUUGGCUAAUGUUCUACCUUUACGUGCUGAUGCUGAUAAUUCCGGGAUUGUCAGCUUUCUCAGUCGGCCAAAAUAAAGAAUAUUCAGUUUACUGUUUGCUGUUCGCGAUAAAUGCAUUAACUUCCCUAGAAAUUAUCGUGAACUGCUUUACCGGAUAUUCCAAGGAUCCAUAUCAAAGGGAUAUUCAGCUGGGAUUGUGGCCUAUAUUUAAAAACUAUUUAUGUGGCAUGCUUCUGAUUGAUAUUUUGAUCAUCAUUCCGGUUGCAGCGAUUAUUGAAGUGUUUGAUUAUGACAAUAUACAGGGAUUCGCCUUGCAUUUGAUUCGAUACAUGACUCUUUUGAAGUUAUUUUCCGUUCGACAAUUCUGGAACCUUAUGACGAUGUUUUUUGAAGGAUACAAAAUCGACAUGAUCAAAUGCUACGUUAUUCGUCUUUUAUUAGUUUCCAGUUUGUUUCUCCAUUGGUGUAUUUGUUUUUACAAAAUCAUUGCCUCUGUUGCCGAAGAAACAGCGGAGGCACAGGACAUUAUUGAUGCCAUUUGGGAUGAGCAUUUGAUUUACAUCCAGAAUCUCAACAUUCCAGUUAUGUAUCGAUACCGAAAAUGCUUUACCACGGUUCUGUAUUUCCUUAUCGCAAACAGUUUCGGUGAUCUUGGGCUGCCUAUUAGCUAUUACGGAAAGAAUCUGGCCACCUUGUGUAUUACGGUCGGAACACUCUUCCAAUUUUAUUUGUUUCUUGAACUCUUCAAAUUGGUGUCUAUCAUCAAUUCCAGCAAACUGAAAUAUUCCGAAGUAAUAAGUCAGCUCGAUUCAUACAUGAACAUGAAACAGUUCCCGUUGGAGAUGAAGAAUCGAUUGAUGUUUUUCUACAAGAAGAAGUUUGAUAAACUCUUUUUUGCUGAAGAUCAAGUCGCAGAAACGCUGUCAAUAAUUCUUCGAAAUCAAAUAUCCGAUAUAAAUGCCGCAAGAUUCUACCGGAAAGUUGAAUUAUUUGCCGAGGUUCCUCGCUACACGCUGCUACAGUUAAUUCACAACAUGGAUAAGGAAAUUUACAUGCCCAACGAUAUAAUUAUGAAGGCGGGAACUGACGGUUCCUCGAUGUGUUUCAUCCACACCGGGUCGGUUGCAGUUUACACCCAAUCGGGUAAAGAGAUUUCACAUCUGUACGAUGGAGAUCAUUUCGGAGAAAUUUCGCUGUUCCUAAAGAGCAAGCGCCAAAUUAAUGUAAUCGCCAUCGAGUUCACUCAGAUCUUUGUGCUGCGUCGCAAGGUGUUUAACGAUCUCAUCCCGGCGGAUCACAUUCUGUAUAAGCGGCUGGAACGGGUGGCCAAAGAGCGAACGCAGAUGACGAUGCUGGAGGAAGAACAGUACAAGAGUCACCUUCUGAUGGCGGACGUAGGAAAUCUGGAGUGAGACACCGGAGAAAUUAACAAGAUUUGCCAACAGUGAUAAAAGGCUGCCGUUUUGUGCCGUGGCGAAGUGAAGACGCCCCCCGUCAAGCUCGGAGCACAUGCAUGUAUGACUGACUGAGCUGGUGGAAUACCGGAGACGGUUUUAAGAUAAAACACUUUAUAUCAGUUUGGGGGUUGGAGGAGCCAAAUUGAGACGUUUUGGACACCGCCAAGGAAUAAUUUCAUUGGCAGCGGAGUUUUGAAGAUGACACGAUUAUAUUAAUUAUUGCUGAGUGUUGAGAUUCGCCAGCAAAUUAAGUUAUGUGAUAAUAAGGUAUCAACAGAUGGUAGCAGCGUUCUUAAUUCGGAUGUUUGUUGUGCAC